GGGAAUUCUUGGGUUGUGCCAAGCCGGUUAUAAAGUGAAAUCAGAACUUUUUAUCGGUCAGAAUCAGCUCUCAGCCUGUUCUAAUUGUUCUUUUUCCUGCUCCAGGCUGAUAAUUCCAAUGGUGUGGUUUUGCUGUAAUUGCUUCAGGCUUCUCCAGAUGGAAGAGGCAGGGAAUUGCUGUGAAUUCCUUCCCGUUGGACAGGUCCAGGAGCACUGGAGUUGCUCAGGAACGCUGUGAAUUGUUUUAAUGGCCAGAUCUGUGUUCUGCUCCUGCUUCCCAGCUUUUACUGACCCUUCCAAAAGCCAUCCCAAAAAUAAAACCUGGAUGGAAAGAAAGGGGAGAAGGCAUUUAAUGUGCUGGAAUAAAUAGAGAAAUUAACUUCUAGACAGCUGUGAACUAUGACAUAAAUAGCAUUUUAACAAUGCUGCUUAACAUCCACGAUCAUUAAAUAGAAAUUCCCACAUUUUCAGGGAUCCGUAGGGUAUGGGUCUUGUUUGUUUGUUUUCAGUGACUCUAAGGAAUGUAAAGACAAUAUUUUACCUGGAAAUGGAGUUUUAAAGCUGAAGUCAAGAGGUAGAAAUGAAAAAUACAGCUACUUGAGGUUUUAGGCACUUUGAUUCACCUCUCCAGUGAGAAAACGUCAUCUUUAAAAGACUUGAAAUUUUAAAAACUUCAAACUCGCAUGGCAGCGCAAACGCACGACGACUCAUUCCUUUGUGGACUGAAGGAUUUCACCUCCUCUUGGCCUUUUCCAUGAUUAUUUCCAAACCCUGCUCCAUUCCCAGGGAUCUUCAUCGGGAAGGGGUGUGAAUAGAAGACACACGUGCAGCCCUGUGUGUGGAAUUCCAGCUCUUGGAAGAGACCAAGGCUUUUGGUGGAGUCAUAAAUUUCUCUCCCAACCAACCCAAAAGGAGUUUGGGGCCUUCUCUGAUUCCUUGGAAUUCACCAGGAAAAGCAGAGGGCUUUGAAGCUGCCAGGCAGUGAGGACUUCCCAGUAAUUAAAUUCUCCAGGAUCCGUGGGAAGAUGGGGCUGCCGCACUCCUGCGACGCAGCGUGGCGGAUGAAAGGAUGUGUGAGCUGCACUCCGUCCGAGCAGCGACGCCUCCUGUGAGACAUGGAUAGAUGCAAGCAUGUGGGGCGGCUACGACUCGCCCAGGACCACUCGAUCCUGAACCCCCAGAAGUGGCAGUGUGUGGACUGCCACACCACUGAGUCUCUCUGGGCCUGCCUCAAGUGCUCGCAUGUGGCCUGUGGCCGCUACAUCGAGGAGCACGCCCUGAGGCACUUCCAGGAGACACGGCACCCCUUGGCCAUGGAAGUGCAUGACCUCUACGUCUUCUGUUACCUCUGCCAGGAUUACGUCCUCAAUGACAACCCUGAGGGCGACCUGAAGCUGCUGAGGAGCUCACUGUUGGCCAUCAAGGGGCAGAGGAGCGGGAGGACACGGCGCUCUGUGGUGCUGGCGAAGGACACCUGGAGGAGGAGGAGCCCUCAGGGCCAGUCCCAGAUGCUGGUGGCUCUGUGGCACCGGCGCCAGGCCCUGCUGGCGAGGGCUCUGCGCACCUGGUUCCACAAGAGCUCCCGGGGACAGCUGAAAUUGAAGGAGAAAAAACAGAUGCAGGAGCUGGAGAAGAAGAAGGAGGCGGCUCGGCAGCGGCGGCAGGAGAUGAAGAGGCAGUUCCUGGAGGAGCUGGCCAACACUCCCCCGAGGAAAAGCGCCAGGCUGCUGUCCCAUGUGCACAGGGAGAGCUUGAUCCCAAGGAAAUUCAGGGAGGUGGCCACAGCUUCCCCUACCUCAGGGCAGGUGCAGAGCAGCAGAUUCAAGCAGUUCUACUCCAUCCGCCGCCAGCCCCUGAUGACGCCUGGGGUGACAGGGCUGAGGAACCUGGGCAACACUUGUUACAUGAACUCCAUCCUGCAGGUGCUUAGCCACCUCCAGAAGUUCCGAGAAUGUUUCUUGACGCUUGAUCUCUGUGAAACGGAAGAGCUUUUAGCUAAAACUGUCAACGGGAGGGCCAGGAUGCCUGGCAGACUGGCAAAUGGGGCUGCUGCCAAUGAGCCAGGGAAACCUGACGAGGUGGGACUGUCCGGCACGCAGAGCUCUCCAGCCAGCUUGAACGGGGGCUCCUCCAUCAGCCGGAGUUUGGAGCUGAUCCAGCCCAAGGAGCCCAGCUCAAAACACAUUUCCCUCUGCCAUGAGCUGCACACCCUGUUCAGGGUGAUGUGGUCCGGCAAGUGGGCCCUGGUGUCCCCGUUUGCCAUGCUGCACUCCGUGUGGAGCCUGAUCCCGGCCUUCCGUGGCUACGACCAGCAGGACGCUCAGGAAUUCCUCUGUGAGCUCCUGGACAAGGUCCAGCAGGAGCUGGAGUCUGAGGGGACCAAGCGCAGGAUCCUCAUCCCAUUCUCACAGAGGAAGCUCACCAAGCAGGUCCUCAAGGUGGUCAACACCAUUUUCCAUGGGCAGUUGCUCAGUCAGGUCACCUGCAGGACGUGCAACUAUAAAUCCAACACCGUGGAGCCCUUCUGGGACCUCUCCCUGGAAUUCCCGGAGCGUUACCACUCCGUGGAGAAGGGGAUUGUGCCUGUGACCCAGGCUGAGUGCAUGCUCACCGAGAUGUUGGCCAAAUUCACCGAGACAGAAGCCCUGGAGGGGAGGAUCUAUGCCUGUGACCAGUGCAACAGCAAACGGCGAAAAUCUUCUCCCAAACCUCUUGUUCUGAGUGAAGCUAAAAAGCAGUUGCUGAUCUACAGACUACCUCAGGUCCUUCGGCUGCACCUUAAACGCUUCAGGUGGUCUGAGCGCAAUCACCGCGAGAAGAUCGGGGUCCGUGUUCUCUUUGAGCAGGUAUUAAACAUGGAACCUUACUGCUGCCUGGACUCUCUGCCCUCCCUUGCCACAGAGACCUUUGUCUAUGACCUCUCAGCUGUGGUGAUGCAUCACGGGAAGGGCUUUGGCUCAGGACACUGCACAGCCUAUUGCUGCAACACGGAGGGAGGUUUUUGGGUGCACUGCAAUGACUCCAAACGGAAUGUGUGUAGUGUGGAGGAGGUGUGCAAGACCCAGGCCUACAUCCUCUUCUACACUCAGAGAACGCUGCAGGACAAAGCAGGAAUCCCAGAAAAACAACUCCAAGCUCAGGUUUUUGCCACCCAAAACCAGUGACAAGGACACAAGACUGACAUUGCCAUGAGGGGACAUUCCCAGCUUCUUUUGGGGAACUUUUGGUGUUCAUCUUCCCCUUCUUUGCAGGGAAAACUGCAGGAAUGGGAUCAGGGCAGGAAGGGGAUCAGGGUAGGGACGGGAUCAGGGCAGAGAUCAGGGUAGGGACGGGAUCAGGGCAGAGAUCAGGGCAGGAAAGGGAUCGGGGCAUGGAUCAUGGCAGGGACGGGAUCACAGCAGGGAUGGGAUCAGGGCAAGAUAUUUGGAAAACCUUCUGGAGCUGGGCAGUUCCGAUUUGGGGCAGAAUCUUGGGGUUUGAGUGUCUUUUCAGCUCAAAAAAAAAAUGAAACUAUAAAGUUUGAUGCUGUUCAUUCAUCCCCUAUCAAAGAGGAAUGAGCCCAAGCUGGCAAUGGGAGAAUCCAGCUGGAUCAACACCCUUCAAUCCCUAAAAAUCCUGAUCCAGCUCCAGCUCCAAGAGGAACAGGUACAGUACCCUUGAGUGGUCUGGUAAAUCCCAGGGAAACUCCCAGAGCUGUUCCUGCUGGAAAAAAAUGUUUAAAUUCUUCUCAGUUCCUCCUCUGCUGCCCCAAUAGCAAUUUCUGCGCCCUGGGUGAAGCUUUGCCAGCAGCUCUGUGUGGCUGUGGCACUGCGGCUGUGCCACAUUCCAGGAUUUGCUCAGGGCUGAUCUAGCUGGCAGCUCAAUUCCCUCAGAAGCGGGAUUUUCAUGGAGUUCUGCUGUGGAGAAAAUGGGUCGUAGCCCUCGAAAAGUUGGGUUUGACACACCAAAAAUGGGUUUUAAACCCCCCCCCGAAAUGGGUUUUAACCUCCAUAAAUGUGUUUAAGCACAGAAAAAAUGUGUUCUACCACACAAAAAAUGUAGUUUAACCCCCAGAAAUGGGUUUUAACACACAAAGUGUUUGAACCCCCAAAAAUGGGGUUUAACACACAAAAAAUGCAUUUGAACUCCCAGGAAUGUCCCUGAGUGCCACAUCUGGCAGCCAACCCAAAACCCGUGCUGCAGGUUUCUGCAGGCAUCACCUGGGAUUGGGAACAGUUUCCAAGAGCUGUGGCAGCAGAAGUUGGAGCUGGGGAGGCAAAUUCUCUUUUUGGACAAAUGUAGCUGCAUUUCCUCAGGGGAAUGGGGGUUUUGGGUGAAAGAUCCGCGAGAAAUGUCAUUUCUUGAGGUUGGCACAGGGGUGGUGCCAGCCUCGGAGGUCUUUGUUCCUGCAGGGCCACCCAAGGGGAGGCAUGUGAAAUCCCAGAUUCCACGUGGAGUUGGAAAAGCUCCAAACCCACAAAGUCUGGAUCUGGAAUCAGAUGGAUUUUGGAAUUCUGUGGGAAAACAGAGCCUUAGCUGGACUAGUUACAGUCACUUUUCAGCCUACAGUUGCACCUCAGGUGUGUUUUUUUGUAAUUUUGGGGCUUGGCUGUUCACGUUUCACAUUUAAAUCUGAAUAUUAGACCUGCUGUCUGUUCAUCUGGGUUAUUUUCUUAAAAAUAAUGGGAAAUAUGAAGGGGGUUUUUUGUUUGUUUGUUUGUUUUUGUGUUUAAUUCAGUUUUCAGAUGGGGAAGUUUUCCAAGUGUUUCUCCUCCUCUCUUUUUGCUCCCUUUGUUUCAUCAGGUAAACACAACCUGCCAACAUUUGUUAUUGUGGGGGGUGGGGGGAAGCUCCCAAAUCCCACUUUUUCUUGGGAAUUUUAACCUCCUGUCCUUGGGCAAAAGUGAGCACAGCAAGCAAAAAAACUUGGAUUGUGUCAUAGAAAAAUUCCCAUUUCCCAUAUUCUGCUCAAGAUGUUGCUUUCUGAGCCUAAAAGAAAUGUCCUUUUGAACAAUUAAAUAUAGUUUUGGGGUCAUA